UGCCCUCUCAGUCUCUCCCCUUUCAGUCUCUCCCUUUCGUGUCUCUGCCCUCUCAGCCUCUGUUCUCUCCUUAUCCGUCCUCCUCAGUCUCUGCCCCUCCUGUCUGUCUGUCUGUCUGUCUUCCCGCCCCCCUUGCAGGCUUCCCAGCCGCCGCCACCUCCCCCGGAGAGUCACACUAAGGUGGCAGUGCCCUGCCCAGUUCACUUGGCCAUUCUGCCCAGCGGAGUGCGGCUGACACCUCCGGCCAGGCUCUCCCGGGCCAGAUCUCCUCAGCUUCCAGAGGUCAAGAAGCAACACACGGAUUCUCAUUCAUUUAGCUAUACAGAGAUAUAAUAGACAUAUAUCUCUAUCUGCAUCUGUUUUUUUUUUUUUUGUUUUUUUUUUAUUGGCUCGAGUCUCUUUUUCUGGGAAAUGGCCCGGGCAGCGUCUUCUGGAAGAGGAACAAGUGUGGGAAGAGAGAGAGGAAACCGGAGCUAAAUGACAGGAUGCAGGCGACUUGAGACACAAAAAGCGAAGCGUUCCUCCCGGACCGGGCCAUUGCCGCGCCGCUGGCUUUCCUCCCGUCCGGCCGGAGGGUUUUCCGGAGCCCAAAGGAUUUCGUCGACCGGCCCCCCUUUCCCUGUCCCGGUUCCUGCCCCUUCCCGGUCGCUUGGAGCCGGUCCUUGCUUGCCACCGGGCCUGGGCUGCCCGCCCCCCUUGGCAGGAGAAUGGGUUGGGGGCUGCUGUUGUGUUGGGCAGCGCUGACCAUCGCCCCGAGCCGCGCUUUCCGGAGCGAUAAAUGUGGUGACACUAUAAGAAUCGUCAGCCCCGGGUACCUUACGUCUCCUGGUUAUCCUAAUUCGUAUCACCCCAGCCAAAAAUGUGAGUGGCUGAUUCAGGCUCCUGAGCCCUACCAGAGAAUUAUGAUCAACUUCAACCCUCACUUUGAUCUGGAGGACAGAGACUGCAAGUAUGACUACGUCGAAGUUAUCGAUGGCGAAAAUGCAAAUGGACGCGUAUGGGGAAAGUACUGUGGGAAGAUUGCUCCCCCUCCUGUGGUAUCCUCGGGACCAUUUCUGUUUAUCAAAUUUGUCUCGGACUAUGAAACGCAUGGUGCAGGAUUUUCCAUUCGUUAUGAAAUUUUCAAGAGAGGUCCUGAAUGUUCCAGAAACUAUACUUCAUCCAGUGGAGUGAUAAAGUCUCCGGGAUUCCCCGAAAAGUACCCCAAUGGCCUUGAAUGCACUUACAUUAUUUUUGCACCAAAGAUGUCGGAGAUUAUCUUGGAAUUUGAAAGCUUUGAGCUGGAGCCCGACUCAAAUCCUCCAGGGGCAAUGUUCUGUCGUUAUGACCGACUAGAAAUAUGGGAUGGCUUCCCCGAAGUCGGCCCUCACAUUGGCCGUUACUGCGGACAGAACACCCCGGGUCGCAUCCGCUCGUUCACUGGCAUUCUGUCAAUGGUCUUUUAUACUGAUAGUGCAAUAGCCAAAGAGGGAUUCUCGGCCAACUACAGCAUCCUGCAGAGCAGCAUCUCAGAAGAUUUCAAAUGCAUGGAACCCCUAGGCAUGGAAUCAGGAGAGAUUCACUCCGACCAAAUCAUGGUUUCCUCCCAGUACAGCACCAAUUGGUCUUCAGAACGAUCCCGCCUCAAUUACCCAGAGAACGGAUGGACCCCUGGAGAAGAUUCCUACAGAGAAUGGAUUCAGGUAGACCUAGGCCUUCUCCGCUUUGUCUCUGCCAUCGGGACACAGGGAGCCAUCUCAAAGGAAACAAAGAAGAAGUACUAUGUCAAAACUUACAGAAUUGAUAUCAGCUCCAAUGGUGAAGACUGGAUUACCAUAAAAGAAGGAAACAAAGCUAUUGUAUUUGUGGGGAAUACUAACCCAACAGAUAUUGCUUACGGAAUUUUCCCCAAGCCAAUUCUAACACGUUUUGUCCGAAUCAAACCUAUCACUUGGGAAACUGGCAUAUCAAUGAGAUUUGAGGUUUAUGGCUGUAAAAUAACAGAUUUCCCCUGCUCUGGAAUGUUGGGCAUGGUCUCUGGACUCAUUUCUGACUCACAAAUCACAGCCUCAAAUCAAGCAGAUAGAAACUGGAUGCCCGAAAAUAUUCGGCUUGUAACCAGUCGCUCAGGCUGGGCGCUGCCACCCGCCCCUCACCCGUAUGGGAAUGAGUGGCUUCAAAUAGACCUGGGGGAAGAGAAGAUUGUGAAGGGAAUUAUCAUUCAGGGAGGCAAGCACAGAGAAAACAAGGUAUACAUGAGAAAAUUCAAGAUUGGAUACAGCCAUAAUGGCUCGGACUGGAAAAUGAUCACAGAUGACAGCAAAAGGAAGACUAAGUCUUUUGAAGGCAAUACGAACUAUGACACACCUGAGUUAAGAUCUUUUUCUCCCAUUUCUACCCGAUUCAUCCGGAUCUUCCCUGAAAGAGCCACUCAUGGAGGACUAGGACUAAGAAUGGAACUUCUGGGCUGUGAACUCGAAGCCCCCACAGCUGGCCCUACCAUUUCAAAUGGGAAUCCAGUGGAUGAAUGUGAUGAUGACCAGGCCAACUGCCACAGUGGAACAGGUGAUGACUUCCAACUGACAGGUGGUACCACUGUGCUGACCACAGAAAAGCCUACAGUGAUAGAUAGUACAAUGCAGACAGAGUUGCCAACAAAUGGUUUUGACUGUACAUUUGGCUGGGGUUCUCUCAAGACCAUCUGCCAUUGGGAACAUGACAACCACGUAGAGCUGAAGUGGGCUGUGCUGACCAGCAAAACUGGACCGAUUCAGAGCCACACAGCAGGAGAUGGCAACUUCAUCUAUUCCCAAGCUGAUGAGAACCAAAAGGGCAAGGUGGCUCGCCUCCUGAGCCCUGUCGUCUACUCCCAGAGCUCUGCCCACUGCAUGACCUUCUGGUACCACAUGUCCGGUUCCCACGUUGGCACCCUGAGGGUCAAACUGCGUUACCAGACCCCAGAUGAAUAUGAUCAGGUGCUGUGGACAGCCAACGGCCAUCAAGGGAAUCACUGGUUGGAAGGGCGUGUCCUGCUGCAUAAGUCUGUGAAGCUUUAUCAGGUGAUUGUUGAAGGAGAAAUUGGAAAAGGAAAUCAUGGAGGAAUUGCAGUUGAUGACAUUAGUAUUAAUAAUCGUAUUUCACAAGAGGACUGUAAAAAAUCGACGGAUGUGGAUAAGGACUCAGAAAACAAAAAUGAUGAAACAGGGGGAACACCGGGAUACGGAGGAAGUCGACAAGGUGACGAAAACAUCUCUCGAAAGCCCGGCAACGUGUUGAAGACCUUGGACCCCAUCCUCAUUACAAUUAUUGCCAUGAGUGCCCUGGGAGUCCUUUUGGGAGCCAUCUGUGGAGUGGUCCUGUACUGUGCCUGUUGGCAUAAUGGCAUGUCAGAAAGAAACUUGUCUGCACUGGAGAAUUAUAACUUUGAACUUGUGGAUGGUGUGAAGUUGAAAAAAGACAAACUGAACACACAGACUACUUACUCGGAGGCAUGAAAGGCAGACAGAUGAAAAGAGGAGUCAGGGAACUGAAGGGGAAGGACGUGACUUGAGCGUGCUGAGGAAGUGUUGAUCUGCUUUUACUGUCCAGGCUGAAGAGUGCGUUGGUAACGCUGAGCCAAGCUUUUCUCAGGAGCUUCAAUGAGUAUAGCCGACAAACAUGGACAACAAUGUGUGUUAACAAUCUGAAUCAUGUACAGUCAGCUUUUUCUGUUGGUUUGAUUUGAAAUAAUCAGAUGCUGGUGUUGAGACCAAGUAUGAUUGACUUAAUUCAUUUAGCCUCUUUCCCCCCCCACCCCCUUUCUUUCCUGUUACCUUUUGAUGGAUUUUUUUUUUUUAAUUGUGCAAAAUCCAAGAUGCUGUCACCAAGUGUAUUCAGUAGGGUCCUUUGGUUGGACAUGCUGUCUGUAGUUCAGUGCCCGGAAACUAUUGGGGAAACAGCAACAUAGUGGACUCCUGCACCUGUAUUUGUGUAUAAUUGCUCGUGAUGUGCAUAGGCAAAGAAGGGUUAGGGUGUUUUUAAAACGUACUGUAGCAUCAGUACGGAUAUCGUGUGUCAGCUCUGUUUACGAAGCAAUACGGUCAAAUUUUCUUGAUGUUUUCAGUGUUGUACAAAAUUUUGUGGUAGUGAACUCCAUACAGAAUAAUGUGCCAUCAUCAGACACGACUGGCAAUUGAGUGUACUGCCUCUAACUUAAACAAAAAGUCCUUGGCACUGGCUAAUGUAUGUCCUCUCAAGUGCCUUUUUGUUUGUACUGGUUCUCAUUGUGUUCACAUUAACGACCACUCUGUUUCCCGCCCCCCUUAACAGCCCUUGUCUUUAAUCAAUCCCCGGUGGCUCACUGACUGAAAAGAAAGUAUAUUUUAGGGUAAGACAUUGGCCACCGGAAGGCAACGGCUAAUCAGAUUUGGCAACUUGGCUUGAUUGUUCUGCUUUUCUGUAGUUCAAUUUCAUGUCUCUUGACCCUUUUGUAUAAAGCUGCAAUAUCCCCCCUUUUAUUGUUCUUUCACAUGGAAUGUAUUUUCAAAUGUAAACUCUCUUCCUCCCCUCUCUCUGUCUUUUCUCUUAUUAGCUUGCAUAAGCGUUUGCCACUAUCAAGAAAAGAAACUUGCAGCUUUAACUUGCUGGUAAUGGCAAAGGGUUUUACUAGACUUUGUGUUUAAAAAAAAUAAAUAAGGGAAAAUUCCUAACUUUACCCUCCAAAGUUUAACUUUGGGCCUCUUGUUAACCGCUUAAAGUGACAGUAUCUUUUUUCCUUGAGCCAUUAAACUUGUCUUUUUAUCCAUAUCAAACUUAGUCUUAACAAGGAACUCUGAAAUCAGUAACUUCAGAGUUAAAUUUAAGGGAAACUUAAUUUUAAUAGGGUGCUAUUAAUUGCAGAAUAAAUGAGUUCCAAGGAAAAAUGGAAGCCCUAUCCCUAAUAUCUAUCUAUCUAUAAAAGCAAAGAUAUUUCAGAUCCAGCUAUACAAAACGAGCAAUUUGAGCCCUUCUAUUUUGGGCUAGAGUUGAUUAAGUAGUGACUAGAGGGCAGUUCAAGUUUCAGAUAUUUUUCUGGGAGGAAAUAGAUGAAAAUGUAAUAAAUUUUAGGGAACAACUAAGAAAGAAUCUGGAACUGAAUUAUUUUAAGAUAAGGCAAAAAUAGCAAAAUCAAAAUACUGUAGAGAUUAAAAGUCCCCUUGACCACACUUCAUGCUGGCUCUGAUGAAAGCUUCAAGGCUUGUUUCCCUUGAAGUUUUUCCCUUUAGUCCGUCUAAAUAGAAAGCCAUCAGUGAGGUUAAGGACUUUAGGCUCCUCCUUCUCAGCAAAUUUAACGGCCUAUUACCGAGGCAGCACGUCAAUUAAUCCAAAGAAUGUUUUAUUGCUUUUAUUGUACUUGUGUCAUGUUGUAUAUAAUUAUUUAGGGACUCCCCCCACCCCUACCAUGAAAACCAUAGUUAUCUUUCAAACACUAAUGGGAAUUAUAUAUAUAUACAACCUAGUGAGGACAGUUCCUUCGUCUUGGUUUAAGUGGAUUGGAAAUCCAUCUUGUUUCUUUGUUUUAGAGAACUGAUCACGACAAAAAGAAGAAUAGGUUUUGUUCCUGAAGGAAUCUGAUCCUUACAGUCAUAAUAGGAUUAAAGCACUAAGGACUCGAUUUUUCAGACGGUAAUGGACUUAAAGUUGCCCUCAACAAAGGAAAAAUGAUACUGCAACUUUAAAUUAAAAAAGUAUCUUGCACUGAUAAAUAUAUUUAAAAAUUAUAUGUUUAUAAAGUUAUUAAUUUGUAAAGGCAGUGUUACAAAAUGUUCAGUUUAUAUUGUUUUAGAUUGUUUCAUAAUUUUUAAAGUGUAAAAUAACAUAUUUUUUCUUUAUUGAAAAACUAUAAAAUCUUCUGUAGUAAGAUGGUUUCAUUUUACUGGUAUAUUAUUGCUUCAUGUUUUGUACCAUCAUAAAACUUUGUGCAAAUUUUUUUUACAGAAAUUUUUAUUUUCUAUGACAAUAUGACACUUGUAAAUUGUUGUUUCAGAAUGAACAGCGAAGCCUUAACUUUAAAUGACAUUUGUAUUCUCAGACACUGAGUAGCAUAAAAACACAUAGAACUGAACUGUAACAAAUUCCAAACUAUGACUACUACAUUCCAAAGAAACAGUUGAAUUAAACAUUUUCAUAAAAUA